AGAUAAGUGCUAUACAUCUGUGUUUGGCUGCGCCCGGCGCCGCUGCAGCACAAGAAAUAUAUACGAAAUUGUUGUAACUAACAAUGUAAUAUUGCCGGCAGUACCGGCAUACCUUUAUAGUUUAUGGCCACAUUGAUGGUCGAUUUUUGAACGAAUUUAUUCGUCAUCGUUAUUAGUUUUUCGUUAAUUUUAAUCAUGGACUAAGAUAAGUCUAUGAUUUUAAUCUUAAUUGUUAUUAAUUUUGAUCAAGACGUAACGUAUCAAAGUAUCUCAAGUAUCAACUGAAAACUUCCGAAGUUCGGAAAUUCCCAUGAUAUACCUAGUCCGAAAUUGUGAAUCUAAUUUGUUGUACUUAUUAAUGUACAAAAUACGUUUUUACAUAAUAUCCUAAACUUUGUUUGAUAAUAAAAAAGAUAGGUUGUAUGAUAUUUAGAUUUUCAUACACCUUAUAAUGGAUUCGGCAUCUCCGGUUCUCAACUCUGAUAACGAGUCCAUUUCAGAUGUAUUGGAUCUGAAUACAGACGAUUUCGACGAUGUUGAAGAAAACGCAACUACCACUGUUAACCAUAAAGGGGGAUCGGUUUGGCGAGAUAUUGUUGUUGGAGAACAGAUGGAGGGAUGCCUUACCCGUCUUGAAGUAACCCCUAAGACAGCUGCUUACACUGAUAUGGAUGAUCCAAACUAUGAGCCCAAGAACAAUGGACCAAAACGGAAACGUGUUUUUUCAUCAAAUAAGUCAAAUAAAAAAACUGGUAUACCAGAAAAUAGAGAAUAUGAUUUGGAGUCUGAUCAUGUUGUAAAAAAAAGAUAUUCACAUGGAAAUGAUUUUAAGAAAUGUCAUUACAAAUAUGGAAAUACAAAAGGAUUUGAGGAAAAAAGAACUGAUAAUGACAAUACAUCAAAGUCUAGAAUAUUACUUGAUAUUUGUGAAUCUGAAGAAAAGACUAUUGAUCAGUUUUUGGAUGAGUUGUGCACAAAUCUUUAUGAACACAAUAAAAUUUUAAUGUUAUCUGUAAUAUCCAAAAUUGACAGGAAAAUCAUUCUUGAAAAAUAUAAGAAAACUUGUUUAAUAGAAGCUAAUGGUGGCCAAAUGAUAAAGAAUGGUAACCGUAGACGAACAUCUGGAGGAAUAUUUUUUAAUUUAAUUAAAGAAGAUAAAUCAAUUCCAAAUUCAGCAAAAAAAGAUCUAUUUAGCUGUCCUCAGAACGAAGAGAUAAAAAAGAAAAAGAAGCGUGAAAAAAUGAAACGUAAAAAAGAAAAAUUAAGAAAAAUGAUUGCUCAGGAUAAUAAAGGUCAGACACGUUCAUAACCAUGCCAGUGUUCUCAUCGAUUAGACCUUUAACUGUAACUUCAACUGUAACUACUGCAGAGUUCAGACUAGCCAGCGAGUACUGACUACUGAGUACUGACUAGUAACUACUGAACACUGAACAGUCAGUGGUCUGUUGGCUAUGUCCAGUUUACAGUUAUCGCCACGCCUCACUGUCUUGACGAAGUAUGAAAUUUAAUAUUUAUCAAGAAUCGAUAGAAAGUAAUAUUCAACGAAGCAACACUGCCAUCUAGUUGAUCAGUCGAUGUCACAUUGUACAUCAAUGAGGGGAAUAGGGGAUCUUACAUCAUAGACCUCUAUAUAUUUUAAAGUUUAAACUUAGUUUAUACGUCGUAUGCUCGUACACAAUAUAACCGGUGGCGUAUUUAUAUGCAGUCACUAUAGGUACGUGCCUACGGCGGCAAAUUUUUCAAGAGAUUUCAUUAUUUUUCCGAUAUUGAUGGUACUAUUGCAUAUUGACUCAACGAUAGACUUAUUAUAUUCUUUUUCUGUUAUUUUAAAAUAUAAUAUAUAUAUAGCCACAACUAUAUAUAAUAAAGUCACAACUAAUAGCCAUAACAGCCAACAAGUACUACUUAAGUACCUACUAAUAAAAAUUACAUCUUUAAAUUCUUUGAAAAUAGUUGAGUUCGCUGAAAAAUUGCAAAAAAUGUACCCGAAUGAUUUGGAUAAUACUUUUUCGUCAGAAUGCUUACAUUUGCAAUCUUAUUUACUAAAUAGUGAUAUCGAUAUUAACAUAGAUAAUUUAACUCCAAUCACACUGUGCCAGUAUUUGAGAGAAAAAUCUUUACAUAUUGAAAUAUUUCCAAACAUUAACACAGCAUUGAGAAUUUCCGUGAGUGUACCAGUGUCCAAUUAUUGUAGUAUUGUACUGUCAAGAGAUCGUAUUCAUGCCUCAAACGCGUAAAAAACUAUUUAAGGUCUACCCAAACUGAUGACAAGUUGAAUAAUUUAACAUUGUUCUUAAUAGAGAAUUAAAUGUUCAGCAAAUUGAAUUGCAAAGAAUUAAUUGACACAUUUGCAAGAACCAAAUGUAGACGUAAAUCGAUCGUCUAAUAAGUAAAUUAGUAAUUUAUUAUGUAAGAAAUGUAGAAAAAUUUUGUUUACCAACAUUUUGUUAUUCCUUAUUUUUUUGUUCUGUUUUUCAACUCCAAUUGUUAUGUUUUUGUACCUAUUUAAAAAUAUAAAUAAAGUUGUUUUGCAUA